AUGGUUGAUUAAAAUUAUUAAAAAGAUGUUGAAAAGGUAACACUUUAUUAAAUAAUUUAUUAGUGCAUUAAAUAAAUCAGGAUGGUUUUUAUUCAUAAUCGAGGUGUUUUUGCAAGUCAGAAAUCCUUUUGUACCGUAGAAACAUUGUUAUUAUUGUCGAUAAAAUAAAAUGAUAGUAUAAUAAUCUUAUAGUUAAUCACUAAGAGUAUUAUUCAGUUUUCUUUGAAACCCUUAUAAUACCGGAUACUAGAAUCUUGGUUUAAGUUAACUGAAAUCUAAACUUAUUAAAUAAUUUGGUAUGAAUUAUGA